AUGGGGAAAGAUCUCCUGAAGAGUUACACAUCAUAUGCAGAAAGUGUUAAACAACUGUCAAUAAUAAGUGGAAUAUGGCCUUUCAAGAAUCCAAGCAUAUACUACCGAUUGUUCUCGUAUUUGAUUGGUCUAGGACUAUUCACAAUUUCUUGCACAACAAUGAAUUUUGCAUAUAUAAACAUUCAUAACUUGAAUCGUAUGAUGAAGGGCAUGAGCAUAUCUCUGAGCUACUUCAAUGGCAUUGUUAAGGUGAUGUGUUACCUAAUAUAUCGUGAAGAGCUCAUAGAUCUGAAUGAUACUAUAAGUGAAAUCUUGAGAAAACAACAGCAAGAUGAACAGUUACUGUCUCGAGCAUUAUCUUCUUUCACGCUUUUCAAAGUACUCUCAGUGCUUCUGAUGUGUGCAGCUUUUCUUGUUCUUGGAAUGUAUUUUAUAACACCCCUCAUAAUAAUGGCCAACCAAUACACUCAUGGUGUAACACCAAUUCGUUACCUAUUACCCUAUCCUGCUGCAUAUCCAUAUCAUAUCCCAGGUGGAAGUGCACUCUAUCUACUUCACUAUGUGGUAGAGAGUUAUGGAUGCUUCUGUUUUUUUUCUACAUCAUCUAGUACCGACAAUCUUUUUGCUUUAUAUUCGGCGCGAAUAAUUGGCCACCUAAGAGCAUUGACUUAUGAGAUGCAGCAUUUUUCGUUUAAAGCUGAGUAUGAGAAACAUUUGCAAAAACUCAUAAAAAUACACCGACAAUUGAUGCGCUGUUGUGAAAUGUUGCAAGUUAUACAUGGCCCCAUUGUUCUGUCAAUGAUGGUGACGACUUCUAUCAUUUUGUGCUGCAUAAUAUUUCAAAUCAGUCAGAUGAAGACUAUAUCGGCCAAACAGAUUAUUUUUUUUGUUGUAUAUAUGUGCGUUAAAUUACUACAAACUUUGAUAUACGCAUGGGCAGGCGUUCUUGUCACAACAGAGUGUGAAAAUUUUCGGGAUGUAGUAUAUAGCACUGGAUGGGAAAAUAUUGGAACGAAAACUGCUGGCUAUUAUGUGCGAACUAUUCUCAUGCAGAAACCCAUUCGUUUGAAGGCCUGCAGUUACACCUUCAUCUCAAUUAAUGUGCUCACAGGAAUUCUGAAUACAUCGCUCUCAUAUUUUUUCUUAUUACAUUCUUUGGAUGAUGAGCAGUAAUUCAGUAUUUAAUCACUCGUGAGGGGCCAAUACUGCGCUCAAUUGUUAGAUUAAAAAAUCAUUAUCUGUGUGAGAUCAAUG